AUGCCCAGUCGUUUUAGACUACGUGAGAGAUUACAUGUCGGGAGAAGCCGUGACAGGAGAGGCGGAAGCGAUCAAGAAUCUACGUCGCGCACACCUGAAGGCCAAUGUCAAGCAGAGACCCUGAGCGUCACCAGUCAUGCUGGUCCUAUCGAACCUACCUCGAGCCAGAUUGCCCAUGCCAAUGAGUCUCCAGCUGCUAUUCACAACGAUCUCUGGUACAGGGCCUACAACAGCCUCAAGGAGGACCCGGAGAGGCUGAGGUAUAUAGAAGAAUAUGAAAAGCUUCUGAGUACUCUUUCGGAAGACGGCCUCGUUCAAACGUCCACGCCUGACAAUGGGAACGACCCCAUUCCUCCAGCAAUAUCCUUGGAUGAAUCCCGAUUGAGACUCGUCAUUGAAAAGGGGUUGGAGAAGACUGAAAGGAGCAAAACGCUGAUCGAGAAAUCAAACAAAGUCAAGGACGCAAUAGCCCCAAUUCGAGAGAUUCUUAACAUUCCCAUGAAGAAUUUGGAUCAGACUGCCUUACCUUGGGCGGUAGUUACCUCAAGCCUAGAUAUAUUGAUGAAACCAACAAAAUCCUUGACGAUUCUGUACGACGGAGUGAAUCAAGUCAACUCUAGAAUUCACUGGUAUUCCAAAAUUAUCGACAGCCUUCUUUCUCCAGACAACAACACUGUGACUCUAGAACAAAUCAGGGAGUUACUGGACACGAAGGCUCUCGAACUUUACCAGUCGCUUUUGUUCUAUCAGAUCAAAAGCGUUUGUUUCUAUUACCGUAACCAGUUCUUGGUCUUGUUACGCACAUUCGUUGACUUGGAUAAUUGGGAUGGUGAUUUGUCCGAGAUCACUGAUUCGGAAAAGGACUUUCGAGAUGAUCUUGAGGCAUACAAGCACGAACAGAUUCUGAACGAGAUCAGAACGCUGUCCGUUACAGUCCAGGGGCAGACUGAGACUAGAUUGGACAGAAAGUGCAUGCGUCACCUACGCGGAAUUGAUCCCCGCGCUGAGAUUCGUGACAUCGAAGAUCGAAGAGAAAUAUCCGUCAGGGAACUAUACGACUGGGUCCUCGAUAGCGAAGCUUUCAAAAGUUUCGUCGACUGGGACAAUCCGCAUUCUCCCAAUCUCUUGUGGAUCAAUGGACAGGCAGGAACUGGGAAGACAAUGCUGUCUGUGGGUCUCAUACAAGAGUUUCUUGCGCGUAAUCUGCCUGGCGUGCAUGACAAAGAAAUCAUCUACUUUUUCAUUCAGGAUACUGGCAAAGAGCUCAAUGAGGGCGUAGCAGUCUUGCGAGCUCUCAUGUGGCUCCUCCUCGUCCAAAACCCGGGCCUUGUACGAUACUUACGGCCUAGUUAUGAGGAGUCCGGGAGUGCACUUUUCAAUGACUGCAUGGCAUUCACCAGCCUGUUACCCAUUUUCGACGACAUGAUACAUGACAAUGAGCUCGGCCAGGUUAUUCUUAUGGUUGAUGCUCUGGACGAAUGUAUAGACGCGGGCGAAGAUGUCUUCCGGAUCAUAAGGACGCUAAUCCCUACAGAUGGGACAGCGUCGAAGAUCAAGAUACUCGUGACCAGUCGGCCUUUGCUCGCAAUCAAUGAGAAGAUGAGAAACUUGAGCGAUUGUCCCGAAACAGUUAUCAGACUUGACGACCAUUUACUUUCUGGGCCUAUAGACAUGUAUAUAGACCGGAAAAGGCCUGAUCUCGAGCGGAAGACGGGGGAUAUCGCCCUUGUUGACCGAACAGUCGAUAGACUGAAGAGUAACAAAGGAAGGACUUUUCUCUGGGUAUCCCUGGUCAUCAACCAGCUCAUUUCCUUGCCUGAAGCUUUCUGGGACGAAAUUCUCCACAGCAUUCCGAACCAACUCCACAAUCUAUACGAGUUCUUGCUCGAGAGAUUGAAGACAUUGGAUCCACCUCGCCGUUUCGAUUAUUGCAAAGACGUACUAAUUGUGGUCAUGCUUGCCUGUCGGCCUCUAACACUAGGCGAACUAGAACUGCUUGCCAAACUGCCAAAAGGUCUGGUGAAAUACGUUGUUCAGGAUUGCAGUUCUUUUUUGGUAAUCCAGCGCGAUAUCGUCUUUCUGAUUCAUCAAUCAGCACAAGACUAUCUGCGCGAAAAUCGUUUGCGACUUAGACAAGGGUCUCUUGAAGAGCUACAUCAUGAAAUCUUUGAGCAAUCCUUAGAUGGCAUGAAUGAUUGCCUGGAGCGAAACAUGUACAAGCUACCCAAUCACGGUGUGCUGACUGAAGAGGUGCAAGUGCCAGUUUCGAAUCCAUUGGAUCCAGUUCAAUAUUCCUGUCAUUACUGGGUCUAUCAUUUUAAACAUGGUGGCCUGCGGGUUUCUGAUCUCGACGGUAUCUACAUGUUUCUCCGCCGACACUUUUUACAUUGGCUGGAGGCAUUGAAUUUGCGGGGAACCAUACCGCAUGCCAUGGAUUUGAUCAGCACUUUAGUUCCCAUGCUUACGGUAUGCUGGCCUUCCGAUAUCAUUUAA